GGCAGAGGGAGGGAGGGGGUGGCGGCUGCAGGCAGCAGGGCGGGCUCUCACACGUGAAGUUGCUUCUUCUCCUGGAACAGGGCAAGCUGCGGAGCCCCAGAGAUCCUCCACCCACCCGAAGACCUGUGGGAGCUCCAAGCUCAGCUCCCAGCCUGCAGCCGGCAGGAUAGACCGAGCCUUGGUCUCCUCCUGCUCCCCCUGUGAGCCCCCUCCCCCCCCCGGGCGGCUAUACAAUCCUCAGCAGUGACCUGAGACUGUAUAGCCAGCCCCAGCACAGGGCGACACUUCACUUCGCUCUCUUUUGCUUUUCUAUUUUUGUUUCCUUUAUUUUAUUAUAUUAUUAGUAAUUUUUUCUCCAUAUUGCACUACGUUAACCCCUUCUCCUCCCCGGACACCUUCCUCCCUCCAGACCGCAGGUGCUGCACCUCCAGGAGCUAUCUGUACCACUGAGACUAUCUGAGCAGCUGACAAGUCAUCAUGACUGCUGACAAGGAGAGGAAAAGGAGCAGUUCAGAAAGAAGGAAGGAGAAGUCUCGAGAUGCAGCAAGAUGUCGAAGAAGUAAGGAGACUGAAGUGUUCUACGAGUUGGCUCAUCAGCUUCCAUUGCCUCAGAACAUCAGCUCACAUUUGGACAAGGCAUCCAUCAUGCGUCUGACGAUCAGCUUCCUCCGCACACAAAAGCUAUUAUCCUCAGUGUGUUCAGAAGCCGACCUGGACGCAGACACUGAAACCCAGAUAGAUAAUUUGUAUCUUAAAGCUCUGGAAGGAUUCGUCGCUGUCGUGACUCAAGAUGGUGACAUGGUCUUCCUGUCCGAAAACAUCAACAAGUACAUGGGUCUCACACAGGUUGAACUCACAGGACACAGCAUCUUUGACUUCACCCACCCCUGUGAUCAUGAUGAAAUCAGAGAGAAUUUAAAUGUGAAGUCUGGCACCAGCAUCGGAAAGAAGAACAAGGAGGCCAACACCGAGCGGGAUUUUUUCAUGAGGAUGAAAUGUACCGUCACCAACAGGGGCAGAACCGUCAAUCUCAAAUCUGCAACGUGGAAGGUGCUGCACUGCACUGGUCAUGUCAAGACGUACAACUCCUUCAACCCACACGCCCUCUGUGGCUACAAGGAGCCUAUGCUCAACUGCCUGGUGAUGAUGUGCCAGCCCAUACAGCACCCCUCCAACAUUGACAUCCCGCUGGACAGCAAAACAUUCCUGAGCCGCCACAGCAUGGACAUGAAGUUCACCUACUGCGACGACAGAAUUACUGAAUUGAUUGGAUACCAUCCAGAGGAGUUGCAUGGGAGAUCGGCUUAUGAGUUUUAUCAUGCCUUGGAUUCAGAAAGCAUGACUAAAAGCCACCAGAACUUGUGCGCAAAGGGUCAAGUGGUCACUGGUCAGUAUCGGAUGCUUGCCAAGCAUGGUGGCUAUGUCUGGGUGGAGAGUCACGGCACAGUCAUUUACAACACACGAAACUCUCAACCACAGUGCAUUGUCUGCGUGAACUAUGUCCUGAGUGAGAUUGAGAAAACCAAUGUUGUGUUCUCCAUGGACCAGACUGAGUCUCUGUUCAAACCACAUAAGAUGACCAUGAACUCCAUCUUCAGCAGUGCUGUGUCUGAUAACACCAGUGACUUGUUGUUUGCCAAACUUAAGGAAGAACCAGAAGAGCUGGCACAGCUCGCACCCACCCCAGGAGAUGAGAUUAUCUCUUUGGAUUUCGGUAAGAGGGUGCUCAAACCGUAUGAGGAACCAACAACUUAUAACAGUGGUGCUCAGAGCAGCCCAAGCAAAUGGCCACUGGAAGUCAAGAGCCACAAUUCCCAGGCUGAUAUUGUUAGCCUUCCGUCUUUCACAGCACCUCAGGUGGCUCCAGGAAACAGUACUCCGAGCGGCAGCAGUAACAGUGGCUGCUCUACGCCAAGCAGUCCAGGAGAAUACUACACUACUUUAGAAGAGGGUCUGAAGAUCGAGCUGAGAAAGCUAUUUGCUAUGGACACAGAGGCAAAGAAUAAAUGCAGUACUACCCAGAAUGACUUUAAUGACUUGGAUCUUGAGACCCUUGCUCCAUACAUUCCCAUGGAUGGUGAAGAUUUCCAAUUGAAUCCUAUCUGUCAAGAUGAGUGUCCCCCCAGUGAAAACGCACAACCCCCCCAGCAGAACCUGAGUAGCAUGAAUCCCCUAUUCCAGUCCAGUGCUCCUCCUUCACAAAGCCAGUUUCUUCAUCAGAACUUUUGUCAACCGAUGGCAGCUAAAGGUAGUACUCCAAGCCAGGACCCCUGGCCCAACGGGCUGUAUAAUAGCGGGAGAAAGUCACCACCUUCCUCAGCAUAUCAAACCGGUGCUACUACACCACUGUCCUCAAUGGGUGGGCGGCCUAACGUACAUUGGCCUCCAGAUCCACCGGAGUAUUUGCACGCGAAAUGGCGACUGAUGGAUCAGUACAACGAAAAUCCAAACAAUUCAGCUUCAGGACGCCCGGGUGCUUUACACAACAUGCCAUUAUAUAAGCAAAGAUCGCUUGAGAGUUUCGGUCAGCGGGGCAAAGAUUUACACCCCAAUGAAAUAGCGUUCUGCAACAGCAUGAAGAGGAAGCUGCAGCAUGACUAUGGAGAUCGGGGAUUUCCACAGGUCAAUGUGGGGGAGUUAACAGAUAACAACAUACCUUCAAUAAUGUGGAAACGUAUGAAAUCUCUCAAGGAAGAAAUGUCUCCACUUGUUUCGGAAAAGAAAUCCCUGAGUACAAGUGUUCUAACUGAUGACUACAUCUGUAAUAGGCACAGGGGGUUAAGUCCUCAUAUGGCCCAGCAGUCACGGUCACAAUCACACUGUGCAUCAAGCUCAAAAGACGGAAGGAAAGCCCCUUACCCAGGCACGUUCUAUAGCUGUAAUUACCACGAAUACAACAUGCCACAGUCCAAAAAGCUAAAGAUUGCUGUGACAUCCCAGCAGUGGAGAGGACCCGUGGCUCUGACCAACCGCCUCAUCGGGCCAUCCUACGAACCUUACCUGUUGCCAGAACUGACCAGAUAUGACUGUGAGGUCAAUGUGCCAGUACUGGGUAACUCCAACCUCCUGCAAGGCAGCGACCUCCUCAGAGCGCUGGAUCAGACCACUUGAAAGACAGCGACAAAUUACUCUUGACUUGUAACUGUUCACAUACAAGGCUCAGUUUUCUAAAUCUAUUUUUCGAGUAGAAAGUUUUAUCACUGAUAAGAGUUUUACCGAAUUUACUCACCUAUGGGACUUUUUUUCUUCACCUUACCAAAUAGUGGCCUUAUUGAGAUGGCAUCAUAUUAAAGGAUAAGAUAAAUGCAUAUAUGUUUUACCUGCUGUAUUUUUCUUUAUUUUAAUAACAAAUUGUAUAGUAUAGACAAUGUUUUACACACGCUUAUACCCGUGUAAAAAUUACUUAUAUUUUUGUAAGUGGCCACAAUGGAUCGUAUGGUGCAUAUAUAUUGUUUAUCGUGCCGAAUUCAUAGAGAAGAUCAUGGGAUUUGUUACUGUCGCAAAUAGGAAAAUUCUAAGUGACCUAUAUUUUGCAAUGCCAUGUAUUGUUUCUUUUUGAGUUUCAAAUGCCAUAAAAGAGAUAUAGCAAACUUGACAUUCCCAUAACAAUUGUGACCAAUGAAAUCAGUCGCGUUGUGGUUGAAGUCCCCACCAGGAUCAUAUCCUUAUCUAUGUUACCGAAAAUGGCAGCCUAGACCUCCCCUGACACCUCUGUUUUACUAAAUCCCACAUUAAACAACAAUUUUGGAGCAUCUUCUCUUAGAACACUACAUUGUGACGUCCCUCUGUUAUUCCUCCUAAAAACGUAUUAAUAAAUUGACACACCCAUACCAUUUCCCUCGUCAAAAGGACACAGUCUGAUACGGACAGCCCCUGAUUGAGAGUGUGGGACAAACCCCUAACUGGUAACACCCAGUGGUCAAAUGAAGUCACACAUUUCUAGGAGGAAUAAGAGAGAAACUGGAUAACUUAGAGUUCUAACAAAAACGUACUCCAAAACUGUUAUUUUAUGGGGGUUACAAUAAUUUCUGAGAACAAAUAUGUAAGGACUGCAAGCAAUGACUCUUUCACCUUGGAAUACCAAUGCGAGAUGUAACCUGCUUCAUACUUCUAGUAUGGUAAGGGAUCGGGAACUGGUUAUCUAUAAGGGCCAACUGACCCACUAAGAUAAAGGGUGAAAUCAAAGACUUGUUUGCCACUUUCUGAAAUUUUUCCCCAAAAUUUGGCUGAAAAAUCACAAGUUAGUCUCCUAAUUGUAGCCUCCACCUUGGUUUAAGAAUCGGCUGAAGUGGCUAGGCUAUAGCUGGGGCAGGAGGAAGAAUAUGUAAUGUUCGAUCCUUUAUAUCAUUAUGGGAUAGAUCCACUUUAAAGGGGUUGCCUAGUUUAGAAAAGCCAUUCCCAUAUUCGUAUAUUAGGCAGACAUCACA